UUCUAGCAAGAACCGUGCAAAACUACCUAUGUAGAACCUCAAUGGAGGUCAAAAGCGAGAAAUCUGAGACAUAAGGAUAACUCACACUUUGACACGAAGAAAGGAUGAGGGUCGUUCUCUCAAUCACUAUAAAGCUCAACAAGCACAAAGCUCCUAACAUUAGAACGACCCCUAAAUGUCACACAUCUCAAAGGGGUUGACUAAGGGAUAAAAUAUUUCGGACAAACAACUUUUAUGCGUGGACUAAUCCUAUGCCUCCAUCAUACUCACUAGUGACAACGGUGAAUGUUACAUACCAUGGCGAGAGGGAUCUAUCACACAUGAAAAAGACGAUCGGCAUAAAUCUCACAUGGCUACCUAGCCACCCAAUCAUCUAUUCCAAUUUCACGAACUUCUGUGCAAGGCAAUUGUAGAGUACCAAGUCAAGACAUCCAUUCAUUUAAGCACACAUGAGAACCAAACUUUUCCACACACCUAAUGCAUUCUCAGUCAUCGUAAUAGGAUGCACUCGAUCACAUGCAACAAUUCAAGAUCAAUGCCAAAUAAGCACGAGAUUCACCCACCAACCAUCUAUUUUGAUCAUGCAUUACUUGGAGCCUUAAAAUUUUCAAAUUUGGGCGUACAUCAAGGCUCCAAGCAUUUAAUCACACACACAAGCAUAAUAAUAAACUACCCCGCCCCCACUUAAGCUCGACAUUUCCCUCAAUGGCAUAAAUAGGGGAUAGAUCGAUGUUACCGCAUGGCUUGGUGAAUGAAAAUUGAACAAUUUCCCCGGGUAGGAUGUUUGAGCUUCAAAAGGAAGACAAAACAAAAACACACGCAUAUUCUCGCUCAAGGCGAGGUUAUUACACCUAACUAAGUUUCACAUCACUAUGCAAAGGAAAAAAACUCACAAAUUACUAGUUCACACACUAAGGAAAGAGACAAUAAAAAUAAAAAUAAUCAGAGUUCAGAGUUUCAAGUGGAGAAGUGGGGCGAAAGAAAUCGGCUCUGCCAUAUGUCUGACUCGUCGUCUACCUCAUCGUGGAUCCAAGGUCACUCCUCAUCAUCCGAAAGGAUGCCCUGGUGUCGAGAAAUCAUCUCCAGGAGGUUGGUAUAUUGGUCGAGCCGAGUGGUGACUCCCACAAACUGCUCCUCAAGGCGAUCGAAUCACUGCUCGAGGUGGGCUCUGGAGGAGCAAAGACCUGCUCCGGAUGAUGAUGAUGAUGAUGAUGAUGAUGAUAAUGAUGAUGAUGAUGAUGAUGAUGGUGGUGGUGGUGGUGGUGCGGUGCGCCGGCGGCGACUUGGAGUUCUGGCAGGUGGCUUCUUUGGCGGAGGGACCCCUGGGGAAAGGCCCUCAAUAUAGCUAUAUGGUCUGAAGACUCGAAGCAGCUUCAUGGCUCUUAAGUUUUCCUCCCCAAACCCCGAGGAGCGUCUUUCCUUUUUGCAGCACUUAAGGUUGAUAUUGAAGUGCCGAGCUAGGCGGGUGAUGUAGGGACCCAGUGACAUUACAUAGCUUCGACUACCACUAAUAGCCCUGCUGCAAGAGGUUGCCAGGAUAGAGCCUAGAUGAAGGUUACUGGAUGGAUCUGCCAUGGAAGAGAAUGUGAGCAAGGGUCUCUCGGUGAUCUUGUUCGUGUAAAUAUAGCUUGGGUAAAGUGAAUGAGCAAGGAGUGUGCUUAUGACACGCCAUUGUGGCUUGAGCGUAGAUGCCGAAGUGCGAGAUGGAACAAACCGAGUUUGGCAUAUCUCUGGGAGGCAAAACCUCUUGAAAGAAGCUUGCACAUCGAAAUUUCGAUGGCAUCCGCCACCAACUCUGCUCCUGACCUUAUGGGGUCCCCAUGGCUCCAGCAAACUGGUUAAAAGACAGUGCACGAUGCACACCUCCCAAACGAAAAUCAAUAGAGCAAGUGAGGUGCCCCAGCAGGUUCCUCUCCCUAAGGAUGUAGAAAGUGCUGAAAAACUCUACACACAUCUCUGUGUAAAUGUCAUCUUCCAUCUGGAGAAGCUGGCUCCAUUGUGGGUGUGCCAUAGCCUCUCUCAUGAUAUCUCCACAAUGUAAUCCAUCAAACUAAGUGAAAUCGAGUUUCCAAUGGGGUCUGGUGCCCAGAACCUCGCUUCCUUUUCGAUGUCGGCCACCGUUUUAGCUCUACCAAGUACGGGUGGCUUAUGUCAACCAUCCUGCAAAAAUAUCCAAUACAUACACCAUACGUGGAAAUAUCUGUCAAUCUCACAUCAAAAGGGGAGAAAAGAUCCCCCCUCCCAGUUAGGAUUCCACUAAGUUCCUAUGGCUUUGAAGGCUUUACACAAGACCAUAUUUCAAAAAUUUAAGCACAACCACGAAUGAAACACAUCGAGACAUGGUUCUAGACGAUUCAAGGUUUAUCAAAAUAACACAUCAAACCUAAACCAUGACUCGAUGGGCACCAACCACCAUUCACAAAAGUGAAUUCAAUCAACAUUCAAACAUAUUGCACUUGGUGGGCAAUUCGCUUAAUUUAUCACAAUUCAAGAAAAACGAGCCCACCAAGGCUCAAUCAAGUCCACAUGCACAUCAUUCAUCAUUGAAACUAACCAAUUUGACAACCCAUCGCCUAAUUUCAUCCAUUCAAGCCAAAUCAAAUCGAUUCUCCUCACCUAAGAACUCUAAUACAAUUCUCCAAAAAUGACAAUAUAAAGGCUUGAAACAGACCUGGAGACGCAAAUAGGGUCGAAGAGUAAGGUGAGGAGGAUGCGAGGGUGCCAAAAAAUCCCAGAAAACUGGCCGGAGAGGCUCGCCGGAAAUCUCCCUCCCCAGGAAAAGUUGAGCCAAAUUGGCUCAAAACUUUGGCGAAGAGGCGCCCGGCGGUGGGAUUGUGGGUAUGUGUUUGGGUUUUAAAAUGGGUGGCCAAAAGUCGUUGAAAUCGACGGAAAAUGGAAAUAAAUUGCGAUUUUCCGG